AUGGCAGCAGCCUCAGUUCUCGCCCCUAACGCUCACUACCCUUCUCAGUCAUAUCCAUCCAACUACUCUUCUCACCAGCCGUCGUCUGGACCAAGCGUCGCCAACAUGAUUUCCUCAGAGCCUCGACGACCGUCCCCCGAUAACGAGUCCUCGGCUCGCCAGUCGCUGCCGUCGAUUUCAGAGGUCAUUUCUGGUGCGCGACCCGGGCAGUACCCUCCACCGGCGCAUGCUCCUCUCCAGCCCGGCUCGAGCUUGCCUUCACCGUUUGCUUCAUCGGCUCGACAGUAUCCCGAAGCCGACAAGCACUCUUCUCAACCUCUGCACGCUGCCGCCUACCCUCGACAGGAUAGCCACCCCGCGUACUCUGAUUCUCCCAGGCCACCAUUCAGCAGUGGCCGACCUGGUCUGCCCCCUGUAUCUGAUCGCCGGGCGACUCCUCCGAUGAAGCACGAUGCCCACCCUCUGCCGCAUCACAUGGUUGAACCGCCGAAGCCGUCUGAUCGCCAUUCAAUGAAUGGCGUGUACUCUCAGCCGCCGCCACCAACUUCUAUUCCAUUUCCCCCAGAGGCCAAUGCGGCUUCGCACAUCUCAGGUCAAUAUGACCCUCGGCCGGCGCCCACACACCUUGAAGAGGCCGACUACGGCAGAGCCCGAUAUGACAACGGAUCAUCGCGAUCAUUUGAGAGCUGGAGCUACCAGGAGGCCCUCAGUAGAAUUGGGACUUGCUCGCGAACGAUUUUCAACUUUGCAGAGGCGUAUGGACGGAUCGCGCAGGAGCAGCAUGGAUCUCAGCCGAUUCCCGAGCGCCUUCCAACUGAGCGGGAGGUGAGCGAUAUGCUCUCCAACGUCGAAUACCUCAAGCGAUCUCUCGAACAAUGCAGAGAAGUAAUCGUAGCAUCGCUCCAGAGCGAGAGGGCUCGCGACGGCGCCAAACCAAAGGGCCCGUAUGACGACGACCAGGACGUUCAAAUGUAUGGCGACUCAAUGAAGCAGUCAUAUGGCAUGACAGAAGUUAAAAAGCGCCGCGGUCGUGCCGCCCCUCCUGGCCGGUGCCACAGCUGCAAUCGGAUCGAUACCCCAGAAUGGAGGCGUGGCCCUGAUGGUGCCAGGACGCUUUGCAAUGCUUGCGGCCUCCAUUACGCCAAACUAGAGCGCAAACGCCAACUCGAAGCAAGAUCGCUACGGCCCAAGCCUGAGGAAAGAAGCUGA